AUGCCGGAACUCAUGUCAAUCGUUAAGACCCCGAAGGAGGCUUUCAUGGGCAUGGUGGACAAGGGCGUUGGGAUGGGCGGCGAUUCGUCCAUCAAGAUCUUCCACCAGUCGUUCUACGCGGGUUGCUACAUUGGCUUCGGAGGUAUGCUGUCGAUGGUGGUGGCUGGCGGGCUGGACAGCGCGGCACAGGACAACCCGACCAUUCAGACUUUUGUUUUCGCUGCGCUCUUCCCUGUGAACCUGCUGCUCAUCCUCCUCACAGGUGGGGUGCUGAUCACAGGCACAGCGGCGACCGUGCCUGCCGCGGUGUUUGAGGGCAAGCUGCACAGGAUGCAGAUCCUGAGGACGUUCGCGCUGGCUUGGGUGGGCAAUCUGCUUGGCGCCCUGCUCUUCGCUGGCUUCGUCACAGCCUGCAACCUGAACGUUGGCCUGACUGCCUCGCUUGCCCGCAAGGUUGCGGAGAAGAAGAUCAAGGAAAACUUCGGGGUCACCUUCCUCAAGGGAAUCGGGUGUAACUGGCUGGUGUGCAUGGCGGUGUUUCUGCAGGGCCAGGCGCAGGACAUGGUUGGCAAGAUGGUGGGCAUCUGGUUCCCCAUCUCUUGCUUCGUGGCCAUUGGCUUUGAGCAUAUCCCAGCCAACAUGUUCAUGAUCCCCAUGGGAAUGAUGGCCGGCGCAGACGUGUCCGUGCUGGACUGCCUGUGGAAGAAUUUCAUCCCGGUGACCCUUGGGAACAUCUUCGCAGGUUCCAUCUUCGUGGGCGGUGGUUACUCUUUCGCCUUCGGCCGGCUGGGUAGCUCGCCGAUGUUCAAUAUGCCCGCGAAGGAGCAGGGCUCGCCUAAGGAUCAGAAGCCCACAAGCGAUGCGCCCGCGAUUCCACCUGAGGCUCAGGGCUUGUGA